CCUCUCUCUUCCCUCAUGGUGCACUGUAAUAAACAAAGCUCUGGGGCAUGAGGGUUUUAUGCUGAUUGUUAAAAGUUCAGUCAGUCCUAUCAAAGUUUCAUGUUAAAGUUUCUUGCUUUUUGAUCCAUACAUGCCUUCAUCUACCAUCUUAAUCCACAUCAAGGGAGGUCAGAUGGACACUAAGUCUGUACGAUGUCUUAUUAACAGCAUUUCUCGGUUCAUCCAUCUGGUUUCAUGCCAGACACCGAAACCUAUGCCCAUUCAAAAGGAUUGCAGAAAUAUGGUCAGCUUAUUGAAGCUUUUGAAACCGGUGCUUGAUGAUGUUGUUAAUUGCAAAAUACCAUCAGAUGAAAUUCUAUUUAAAGAAUGCGAAGAGUUGGAUAUGGCUGUUAAUGAGGCUAGGGAGUUUGUGGAGAAUUGGUGCCCAAAGAUGAGCAAGAUUUUCAGUGUUCUACAGAGUGAGCAAUUGGUGAUGAAAAUCCAGAGCUCUUCCCUGGAGAUUUGUUUUAUAUUGUGUAGAUUGUUACAUUCGUCUCCAUCUGUGUCAAAUUUAACCAGCAUUCAGCACUGUAUGCAGAAACUUCAACAUUUAGAGCAGAAAAGAAUAUCAGAAUACAUAGAACAGGCUCUGAGAAGUCAAAGAGAUGAGAUGAUUCCUCAUACUCAACAGCUAGCUAAAAUUAUUGAGUCCCUUAGUUUGACAUCAAAGCAGGAAUUGCUGAAAGAGAGUGUGGCUGUGGAAAGGGAGAGAAUGAAUGCCCAAGUCAAUAAAACAGCAUAUGAAUUAGACCGAAUCAAUCAAAUUGUGGAACUCGUCUCCCAUAUUCGUGAUUGCAUGGUUAGACUUGGGGGAUUUGAAGUUAUAAAUGGUGUCCGAAUACCUUCAUAUUUCUGCUGCCCAUUGUCUUUGGAACUCAUGAUGGAUCCUGUGAUUGUGGCAUCUGGUCAGACCUAUGAGAGGUCUUCCAUCCAAAAAUGGCUCGAUCAAGGGUUGAUGAUUUGCCCAAAAACCCGUCAAACUCUUGCACAUGCAAAUCUCAUCCCCAAUUACACUGUGAAAGCUUUGAUAGAGAAUUGGUGUGAGGAAAACAAUAUAACACUUUCUGGGACUUCCGAGCAUACUAAUAUAACCCCAGUUCCAUCCCCAUUGGAUCAUGUAUCUGCUCAAGAUGUCAUUGGAAUGGAUAGUUUCCGUUGUUCCAUACACAGUAGCAAUUGUACAUCAAGAUCCUCUUUGGAAGUUGGAAAUGGAAUUGAGAAAUUAAAGGUUGAUGUCUCCACCAGAUUUGGUGGGGAAGAAUCCAAUGUAUGCAAGAGUAGGGAACCUGAAAAGUUGGAGCGCCAAUCCCCUGAACAGUCAUAUAUUCACAGCAGGACUGAAUCAACCUCAAGUGCUGUUUCCAGUAUUGAUUCCUUACCUACCGCGUCAACUGAAUUGUCAAGGAUAUCCAAUAAACAAGAAAAUGGGAUCGGGCUGUCUGGAGAAAUCACAUCUGAGUGUCACGCUUCUCCUUCAAAUAGAGAUUUGGAAUUCUCUCCAUGGUUUUCUGGAAAACAAUUUCAUAGUUCCAAAACAAAAGUGGAAAUGGUCAGCAAUGGAAAACGUGGCUCCCCGAGAAUUCUAUCCCUUCCAUUUUCCGACCCAAAAUUUGAUGAUUUGAUCACGUCUUCCCAUGUUGAGAAACUGGUUGAAGAUCUAAAGAGUCAAUCAAAUGAAUUGCAAACUGUAGCUGCAUCGGAAUUGAGGCUUCUGGCAAAGCACAACAUGGAGAACCGCAUUAUUAUAGGGCGUUGUGGGGCUAUUGCACCAUUAGUUUUACUUCUAUACUCAGAAGUGAAGCAAACCCAAGAGAAUGCCGUCACAGCUCUCUUGAAUCUAUCCAUUAAUGAUGCAAAUAAGGUCAUUAUUGCAGAAGCUGGAGCUAUAGAAUCUCUUAUCCAUGUUCUGAUAUCAGGAAAUGCUGGAGCCAAAGAAAACUCUGCAGCAACUCUGUUUAGCCUGUCUGUUUUAGAAGAAUACAAAGCUAAGAUUGGAUGUUCUGGUGCAGUUAAAGCCUUGGUGGAUCUUCUGGGCUCAGGGACUCUCAGAGGGAAGAAAGAUGCUGCUACUGCAUUGUUUAACCUAUCAAUAUGCCAUGAAAAUAAGCCUCGUAUAAUUCAAGCAGGAGCUGUGAAGUAUCUUGUUCAAUUGAUGGAACCUGCUACAGGAAUGGUUGACAAGGCUGUUGCUCUUCUUGCAAACCUGUCAAUAAUUUCAGAGGGAUGCUUUGCAAUUGUACGGGAAGGGGGCAUUCCCUUGUUGGUUGAGCUUGUCGAAACAGGAUCAGUGCGAGGAAAGGAAAAUGCUGCCUCCAUACUAUUGCAACUAUGCAUUAACAGUCCCAAAUUUUGUACCCUGGUUCUGCAAGAAGGAGCCAUCCCACCCCUUGUUGCCUUAUCUCAGUCUGGCACACCAAGAGCCAAGGAGAAGGCACAGCAGCUUCUCAGUCACUUCAGGAACCAGCGAGAAGGGGCUGCAGCGAAGGGAAAAUCAUGAAAAAGAAUAUUUUUGUUGGUUUGCUUCUGCUUUUUUGAUAUUAUACUCCCAUGUAAGUUGUUAUCGCUCCAUAUAUAUACUCUACCACCUCCUCUUCAAAUAUUCUUUAUUUUUCAGUUAUAUCCAUUUGCAAAUGUAAUCUCACACUUGUAUCUAGCGCAAAUGGAACGGGACUGUAUACUUAGGCUAUUUCCCAACCCCUUAGUUGUACCAGGAACAUAACUCAGCCUGAUCGGUAACUGAAAUCACCACGGUUUUGAUGCUCUGAAUUGGUUUGGUCAUGUUGUCUGGUAUUGGGGAUAUGUUGUAUAUAUAAUGCUCUUAGACACUUGUAAUCUGCUAGAAAAUUUCUGUGUUUUUGUGAUUGGGAAGCACAAUAGUUUCA